AGUAGAACGAACCAUGGACUCCGAUGUGGUAAAUAACGUGAAAUGCGCCGCCAGAAGAAGCAAAGAAGACAAGAAAGUGUUGAAAAAACAACUGAAGGCCAGUUUCACUUUACUGAAACAUGAAGGCAUCAGUACAGCAUCGCAUCCUACCAAGAGUUUGGUGGUGGCGAACGGAGGACUGGGGAAUGGUGUCAGUCGUGAAGAUCUGCUCACUUGUCUGGAACAUUAUGGAGAUGUGGAAAGUCUGCUUAUGCCUCCUCAGAAGCCCUACGCCUUUGUCACAUACAGAUCUGAAGAUGGCGCCCGGAAAGCUCAUGCCCAGCUUAACGGGCAGAAACUGCAGUCUGGGGAGAACAGUGUUACACUCUAUCUCAGUUAUGUUGAUUCAGUAAAGCAUAAAGAAGAGGCGGUGGUCCAUUUUCCUGAGGGGCUAACCCUGGUGGAGGAUUUUGUGUCGCCACAGGAAGAGGCUGUGCUCCUCGCUGCUGUGGACUGGUCAACUUCUAAUGAAGCUCAGAAAGCUCUGAAGCACAGGAAGGUGAAGCAUUACGGCUUUGAAUUUCGCUAUGACAACAACAAUGUGGACAAGGACACACCGUUACCUGCAGGUCUUCCUGAUGAGUGUCUACCUGUUUUGCAGCGAUGUUUGCAGGACGGCCACAUUAACGUCCUGCCAGACCAGCUCACUGUGAACCAGUAUGAGGCCGGACAGGGAAUCCCCCCUCACGUUGACACUCACUCUGCCUUCGAGGACACCAUCCUGUCUUUGAGUCUUGGGGCAAAGGCAGUGAUGGAGUUUCGUCACCCAGACGGCCGUGCUGUUCCUGUGGUUCUGCCUGAGAGGAGCCUGCUGGUGAUGAAGGGGGAGAGCAGAUACCUCUGGACACACGGGAUUACCCCUCGGAAGUUUGACCUGGUGCCAGCUGGUGAGCCGCAGAGCUCUGCUGAUUCUGAGGCCGACCUCAGUUCCCACAGCUGCCUCACUUUGAGCAGGAGGGGCACCCGGACCUCUUUUACUUUCCGCAAAAUCAGACAGGAACCCUGCUGCUGCGCCUUCCCCUCUGCCUGUGAUAGUCAGGGUGGAACCUCCCCCAAUACGUCAUCCACGCCCUCACUUCCCUGUUGCCAUGCCGACGCCACCCGUUUGGAGGAAGAAUACGUGCACCGGGUGUACGAUUCCAUCGCUUCCCACUUUAGCAGCACUCGUCACACUCCGUGGCCGCGCGUUUGCCACUUCCUGUCCUCGCUCCCACCAGGAAGUGUUCUGGCCGACGUGGGCUGUGGAAACGGGAAGUACCUGGGAGUCAACCCUCAGUUAAUCUCGGUGGGAUGUGAUCGCAGCGGCGCUCUGGUCCAAAUCUGCGCUGAGAGGGGUUUCAAUGUGUUCGUAUCUGAUGCCCUGAGCGUGCCCCUCCGGACGGCCUCAUGUGAUGCCUGCAUUUCUAUAGCCGUUAUACACCAUUUUUCCACACAGGAGCGUCGGCUGGCAGCAGUGAGGGAGUUGGUGAGACUUCUAAAGCCUGGAGGCCAGGCACUCAUCUAUGUUUGGGCUUAUGAGCAGGAAUACAACAAGCAGAAGUCUAAAUACCUAAAAGAGCAGAACAAACAACAUAAUGGAGGAAGAAGUAAAGACUUACCAGAAGGAAGCCAGAAUUUGCAUGAAGAGCCAAGUAUCCUCACUGCUGCAAACCAAAGUGGAGGCUUAAAAGAUGUCAGCAAUAUGACUGAAGGGAAACUUAGUGUCCACACUAACCGCACAGCCUUCAAUUCCCAGGACCUUUUGGUUCCCUGGCACCUUAAAGGGAGGAAAACACAAGGGUUAGAAGAAACAUCAUGCAGGUUUAGUUCCAGAGGGGAACCUAGUCUCUUAGGUUCGGACUCCAGUUUGUCUUCUGACACCACAGAAAACCCAGAUCCAGCGGCUCAGUUUCUUAGUGACAGGCCAGUGCCUGUCUUUCAUCGUUAUUACCAUGUCUUCCAGCAGGGGGAGCUGGAAGAGCUCUGCGUUCAGGUGACUGGAGUCCAAGUGCAGACCAGCUAUCAUGACCAGGGAAACUGGUGUGUAGUAUUAAAAAAGGAGUAACAGUUUGAUAAUAAUUUAAUUAUGUGAUUUUACUCAUGCAGUUUUUAAGGUGAAAUAAAUCUGAGAAUCCAACUAAGUA